AUGUAUAAAGAUGGACUCGAUUCCCCCGCAAUUUUAUCUCCAUCAUCAGCUCAAUCAAUCACCUCUAAACAUCUUUUCAAUACGGACCAACAACAUCUUCUUAUCUCUUUCCAAGAACAAGAACAAAUCAUCAACAUGCAGUUUUCCAAGAUCACCAGUUCCGCCGUCCUCUUUGCCCUAUACACCAUGGAUAUUGCUAUUCCUAGCCCCAACCCUCUCGAGGCCAGCAUGAACGACCUCGAGGCCCGCACAGGGAUGCUUACCACUCGUGCUGGCUGGACUUGUGCCUUCGGUGGUGACAAGACCUGCCAGGUCAAGGUAUGUCGCUGA